GCACGGCGGGCGGGAGGCUCCGGCGACGGAGGUCGGCUCUUGCAGCUGCUGCUGUGGCGGCGGCGGCGGCUCCCCCCGGUCCUCGCUGAGCGGCGCGUCGGCCCAGCGCGGAAGGCGAAGGCAGAUAACAAGGCCCAGCCAUGCAGUCCUUUCGUGAAAGGUGUGGUUUCCAUGGCAACCAGCAGAACUACCAGCCGACUUCUUCGCAAGAUUCAUCACGCCUGGAGAAUUACAGGCAUCAAAGCCCAGCCUGCGAACGUCAGAGGCUGGUGACAAAAGAGUAUUACAGCCCCCAGCAGCCACCUCCUCCGCUGCCCCCGUUGCCGUACCAAGCCUUUGGUGAAAACAGCGCCGUGGAGAAGUACCAUCGGGGAAGCAAUAAGCCGUUACGCAGCCAGCAGCUGCCCAGCAGGCCGGCUUCUUUCCCCAAUUACCCCAUCCAAGAGAAUAGCCCCUACCCUUCCCGCUACGCCGGAGAGGACGGCCUGCAGGGGUGGGGGUCCCCGCAGCAGCAGCAGCAGCAGCCUCCGCAGGCCUUACCUGGCGGGGUGGCCAAGUACGAGGACAACCUGAUGAAGAAGACGGCGACCCCGUCCAGUAGCAGGCAGUACCACGAACAGACUCCCCAGCUGCCCUUCCGAAGUCACUCCUUGCACCUCCAGCAGCAGCCGGGACCCCAGCCCUCCCCCCUGACGUACCCCAAGCUCCCCAGGCAGAAGAUGCAAAGCGAGGUGUCCUCCUCGCUCUCCUUCUCGCAGGGGGCCCACUUCCCGCAGCAUUCCCAGUCCUUCCCGGCUUCCUCCACGUACACCUCAGUCCAGAGCGGGGGCCAGACGGCUCAUUCCUACAAGAGUUGCAACCCUUCCCCUGCCCCACCCACGCAUGAAAGGGGUCUGGGCAGUGCCACUAGCUUGCCUGCUGCACAACGGGUCCAGGGUUUACACAGCUACCAGCCCAACCGGAUCAGCUACGAGCAGCAGCCGCAACAGCCGCCUCCUCCUCCACCCCCUCCCCCUCCACCCUCUCUGCAAGGUAGACACCAUGCUCAGGAGGCGCUGCACUAUCAAAACCUAGCAAAAUACCAACAUUAUAACCAGCCAGGACAGAGUUACUGCCAAGCUGACGCUCCGGUGAGGACACCCGACCAGUAUUACCAAACGUUUAGCCCCAGCUCGAGUCACUCUCCGGCUCGUUCCGUUGGGAGGUCCCCGUCCUAUAGUUCAACGCCUUCUCCGUUGAUGCCUAACUUAGAGAACUUCCAAUAUAGCCAGCAGUCGCUGACCCCUGGGACAUUCCCAGCCAGCCUGGCUGACCAUAGCCACUUCAUGCCUUUGCUGAACCCAUCGCCAACCGAUGGGACCAGCUCCGAUGCCCAGCCACCUGCCAACUGCAAGAACUUGUCGAAGGAGAAGAUCCCCGAGAACCUCUUGUCAGAUCUGAGUCUCCAAAGCCUCACGGCCCUUACCUCUCAAGUGGAAAACAUCUCCAACACUGUCCAGCAGCUUCUCCUUUCCAAGUCCACGGGGAUGCCACAGAAGAAGGGGAUCAAAAAUUCGCCAAGGACCCCAGAGCAGCUCAAGGGACAGCACUGCAGCCCUGAGGGCAACAAUUACUCUGCAGAGCAAGCGGGGACUCCACACUCGGACCCCCUCAGUGCCCCCCAGUCGGUCCAUGCUGAAACCCAAGACACUGAUUACCUAAGUGGCUCCGAAGACCAGCUGGAGAGGGGCUUCUUGUACUGCAGCCAGAGCCGUAGUCCAGCUCGGGUCAACAGCAAUUCCAAACCCAAGCCCGAAUCUGUGUCCACCUGCUCGGUGACGUCUCCGGAUGACAUGUCGACCAAAUCCGACGAUUCCUUCCAAAGCAUUCACACCAGCCUGCCGUUGGAGAGCUUUACCAAGUUUGUGGCUGGCGAAAGAGACUGCCCCCGGUUGCUCCUCAGUGCCCUUUCUCAAGAGGAGCUGGCAUCUGAAAUUAUCGGUCUGCAGGAUGCUAUCAACGAGAAAGCAGACAAAGGCUGGGCCAAUUCUCCUGCUCCAAACAAAGACCCAGACAAAUCUCCUUUCCACUUGGAGAACCACAGGACUUGCCUUGAUUCUGUGGUCAAAAGCCCCUGGUCCAACCAGGGGGACUCCAACGCUCUUGCCGAACCCUUGAAAAUAGACAAAGGACUGGGGCGCAAUAAUGGGAAGAAUUUCACUGAGGAGGUUUAUGACAGCUCCCAGGUUUCCUUCACAACAACCGAGACGAAGAAUUCCCUAAAAACCACCAGCUCUGUGGGCUACAACGCCAAGCCAAACAUCUCAGUGGCCACCUCCAGUUCUGAGACCCCCGGAAGCUUCAGCUGCUAUUCCAAUGCCACUGCCAAUUCAGUGAGUUCUGAAAAUGCCAUGGAGAACUUUGAGUGGCCAGACGAGAACCUCAGCGACACCUGGAAAGAGCUUGGGUCAAGCCUCCAAUCUUCAGAUCUUCCCAAGAGUUUAUUCUCUGGCAAACUGAGUGAGCCUUCUGAGGAGAAAAAAAAUGCCUCCUGCUUGAGUCUCUGUGGCCCUGAGGGGCCCAAUGAAGGCGAGGGAAUCACGGGCUUCAGCCAACAGCAGCAGGCCAGCAAAGGGGAGGCCUUAAAUUAUGAUGAGGCCACAAGGACAGAGAGUGAACGAUGGCUGGAGGACACGGCCAGGAACUCCUGUUCAGGAGAAGACUUCAGUGAACUCCCCAUGAUGUCUUCUCCAGACCUAAAAGAAUCUGAUUUGGAACCCGAGGAGUAUUCCUCCUUGUGUGAAUUAGCUGGCUCCGAGCAAAAGACUUUGACUUACGAUGCCUUCACCCCUAAGCCUGCAGAGAACGCUCCAGUUCUUUCUCUCCAAGAUACUCCAGGAUCAGCAGAAGAAGCAACCCACACCGUGGAGAAGGAGAACACCGCUCCUCCUUCUCAUUUGUCUGAUCCAUCCGUUCUCCUUUUAGGACCAGCAGUUGGCACAGACACGAAAGUGAAAAGCUGGUUUGAAACUUCUCUGCAUCACUUGAAGUCCAAGGAAGAGUCAGCAGCUGGUGACAGUGUCCCUCAAGAGAAGACAGAGACACCAACUACCUUUCUGUUGAAGAAACAAGUCCUACCAGAUAAGCUGACCAUAACAUCAGAACCAACCUCCAGAGGUAAAAGUCUUCGGAGCAAGAAGCUGCAGUGUCGGCUGUCGGGUGGAGAAGAAUCUAUUCAGUCCAUGUCAAAUCCAUGUUCGGGCAUUCAAGCAGCUGGCCUGGUGGCCAAUACAUGCCCAGCUCCCAACAACUUGAUUGAAAUGCCCAGUAAGAACACCCAUGGCCAGACUCCCAGGUUCCCCACUGAAGGUUUGCCAGCCAGGAUGUGUACCCGUUCCUUUACUGCAAUGAUCGAGCCGCGAAUGCCAGACCCUCUGGAAGGUGCCAAAGCUUCAACUCCUCACGAGAAGUUGGCGGGCAAGAAGUCAAUGUGUGUUUUGAAAGAGAGAGUGGCCUUCAAAGCUCGGAAGGCCAAUGGGAAGACGUCACCAAAGCCCUGCAACCUGUCUCCUCCCCUGAUCUCCACUUUGACCCAGAAUGAAGAUUCUGCUGUUCCCAAGGCCAAAGAAGCCGACCCUGUAGAAACCGAGAUGAAAGAUCAACAAUCUAUGAUUCUCCGUUCUAGGACCCGGACUCAGGAGGUCUUCUACACCAAGAGAAGGAGAGAGAAAAACAUGGUGGAAGUGGACUUCAAAACUGCCAAACUGCCCAGGAAGGUGUUCCCCAACCACCACCUGCCGGGGUCCUUCAAGAUCAGCUCUGAGAAGGAGAGCAAGCUAGGCAAACAAAUGAAAACCAGGCCAGAAUUGGUCGGCAAGAUAGUCGAGAGGCCACUCCAUGCCCUGAAAAGAAAGUCUGUUUUCCUGCCCCCGAUUCCCGCGAAGAAACGGAACCUGAUCCUACGAAGCAACAAUCACAGCAGCAGCAGCAGCAGCAGCAGCAGCGGGAAGGAAGAGAAGCCAGAUGUGUCUUCGGGCCUUUUUAAGAGGAUGCCGUCCUCCAGGCGAGCCAACGUGAAACUGUCCCCCAAGAACUCCUGCGAAGUGAUGCUCAAGUCCCCCCAGGCAAAAGAAAACCCAGGGGUCUGCAUCAAAAUCACCUCCCGGGCUUCCUUCCAGGGCGCUAUGAAGACCAAAGUGCUGCCCCCGAGGAAAGGAAGGGGAUUGAAGCUGGAAGCGAUUGUGCAGAAGAUCACCUCUCCCAACCUGAAAAAGUUUGCCUGCAGAACGGUGGCCACCGCCAUCCCCGUUUCCGCAGCCACGGCAGCUGCUGCCGCCAACAGUAAUCCUCUCAGCCCUUCCCUUCCAGAGCGGGAACAGGCCUCAAAGAAUACGAGCGGAACCCCAGCCGUGGGGGAAGCUCAGCCAUUAAACCAGGCUUUGUCACAAAAGGUGCCCGCCGCUGCAGCAGCCAAGCAAUUAUGCAGAAACCCGAACAACAGAUCCUUCAGAGGAAAACUAAUGAACAGUAAGAAACUGUCCUCCAACUGCUUCCAGGGUGAGGCCUAUUCAUCUCCCGAGAUGUUGCAGCUCAGCGGCGACAGCAUGGCUGCGAGCACCGUCUGCCUGCUGCCCAAGAAGAGGAACAGAAAGGGGAAAGCUGCCUCCUUCCACGUGGCCAAAAAUAGCUUGGAGAAGUGCCCUCACCUGAGCCCAGCUUUGUUCCUUGCUGCCCAAGAGAAACCCGGGGUGGUGGCGGUGGCGACGGCAGCUGGGAAAGGCGAUGAAGGACAAAGGGAAGGGAAGAAGCCCAGAGGAGAAGACAAAGGCUUGGGAAGCACCGAGAGUGUGGAAGGGAAGUCCUCCCAGGCGCAAACCCGGGCCCAGAAGCAGCGAGCCCACCAUGCCAACUACAACGGCUACACCAAGAGACAAAGGAAGCAUCACAAGCGCCGGAAGGUCCAAAGCGUACCCUCGCGGUGCAAAAACAAGACCCGGCAACGGCACCAACAGCAGGCGCCUCUGCUGAGCCCCACGGAGCCCGAGAUCCGGCUCAAGUACGUCUCCUGUAAGCGGCUGAGGGCAGACAGCCGGGCACCACCCUUCUCGCCGUACAUUCGGAUGGAGAAGUGGGAUGAAUUCCUCACCACCUGCACGGUCAUCAACUGCCCAGCCGAAGAGGCGAAACUCCACAAUCAGCAGCAGCAGCAGCAUCACACUUCUUCGUUUUCUUCUUUGUCUGCCCAAGCUGGGCUUUUGGGGACCGCUUGUCUGCGGCCUCCAGCCAUCCUACCUCUGUCAUCCAUGAUGCACCUCGGGCCGGUGGUCUCCAAGGCCCUCAAUGCUGCCUGCUUGGUCUGCUGUUUGUGCCGCCAGCCGGCCAACUACAAAGACCAGGGGGACCUCUGUGGGCCAUACUACCCCGAGGACUGCCUGCCGAAGAAGAAAUCGAGACUGAAAGAGAAGGUCAAAGUGGAAGCCCUGGGGGAAGGGCCUCCUCCCUCCUCCUCCUCCUCGUUGGCAGAAAGGCUGCUCAAAGCAACAGAUAAUAAUUGCGCAACUGGUACGCUGGGUGGAAAGACGCCAAGGUUGGACAGUGGUGCUGACUCAGCGAGACAAAGCGCUCUGCGUUCGAGUUCAAGGGGGCUGUUUAGGAAGCUGCAAAGCUGUUACUGUUGCGAUGAGAGGACAGAGGGAGAGGAGGCUACGGCUGGGGUGUCAGUAGCAGCGCUUGAGAAGCUUCGGAGGCACGAAUGCGGCAAGGCUGAAUCGCCCCUGCCGGACCCUGCCGGAGAGACGCAGGAGCACUGGGUUCACGAAGCCUGUGCUGUAUGGACAGCUGGGGUGUACCUGGUGGCAGGGAAACUCUAUGGACUGCAGGAGGCAAUAAAGAUGGCCGCGGACGUGAGGUGUUCCGGCUGUCAACGAGUCGGGGCGACCAUCGGCUGCUGUCACAAGGGGUGCACCCAGACAUUUCACUACACAUGUGCCCUCGACGAAGGUUGUUUGUUAGCUGAGGAGACCUUCUUGCUCAACUGCCCUAAACACAAGACGCAGCUGCUAUAAUGGACCCCCCCAAGAAGGGAAGUGCCAGCUGCUUCUGCUGGAGUCCCGACCCAGCGAGGAGGGGGCUCUGCUUCGGCACACCCCUUUGGAGUAGCUGCAACCAAGAGGAACUCUGGACGGAAGGGUCCAAGGAGGAGCCCAGUGCCCC